CACCUUCUGCCAUGAAUUCUCUCUGGCAGCAGGGAGAGGUGGACACAGAUGCCUGCAAAUGCUGAUUCCCACCAUGUCACCCCCACCGGGAGCUUCGCAGGCGAAAGGUGUGUGAAACGUGGCGCAUCAGGCCCAGAAGGGGCCAGAGGGUACGGGUCUCUGCCCCUCUGCCCUGAGAGGGGGCUGACUCGCUGCCCCAGGGCCCAGGGCCAAGCUGCCCCUGCUGCUGACUCAGGCCCCACUGGCCAGCUCAGCAUUCCUGCCCUCCCCACUGAAUGGGGCUAUUGAAGCUCUUUGUAGAGGGAGGUGAGGCCACUGACCACACCCCCAACCAGAGCCUUCGCUAUGCUCUGGGCUCUGCUCUCAGGGGCAACACAGGCCCUGGGUUCAGUCUGAGAGCACUCUGGCUGCCGCUGCUACUCUGGGGGUGUCUGGCACCCACGACGAUCCCAGCCCUGGCUGCUUUUUCAGGAAUGGGGGAGGGCCGGGUGCCAUGAAGCCAGUGCGGGCUGUCCCACUUUGGUGGGUGCUACUGCUGGUGUCCAGGCUGGGGGCCACCAGGAAGGGAUCCCCAGAAGAGGCCUCCUUCUACUAUGGAACCUUCCCACUUGGCUUCUCGUGGGGCACGGGCAGUUCUGCCUUCCAGACAGAGGGAGCCUGGGACCAGGAUGGGAAAGGGCCCAGCAUUUGGGAUGCCUUCACUCACAGUGGGAAGGGAAAGGUGCUUGGGGAUGAGACAGCAGAUGUGGCUUGUGAUGGUUACUACAAAGUGCAGGAGGACGUCGUUCUGCUGAGGGAGCUGCAUGUGAACCACUAUCGAUUCUCCCUGUCUUGGCCUCGGCUCCUGCCCACAGGCAUCCGAGCCGACAAGGUGAACAAGAGGGGAGUCAAGUUUUACAGCGACUUCAUCGACGCCCUCCUCAAGAGCAACAUCACCCCCAUCGUGACCUUGCACCACUGGGAUCUCCCGCAGCUGCUCCAGGUCAAGUACGGCGGGUGGCAGAAUGUGAGCAUGGCCAACUACUUCCGUGAUUAUGCCGAUCUGUGCUUUGAGGCCUUUGGGGACCGGGUGAAGCACUGGAUCACUUUCAGUGACCCUCGGACGAUGGCAGAAAAAGGCUAUGAGACGGGCCACCACGCUCCCGGCUUGCAACUCCACGGCACAGGCCUGUACAAGGCGGCACACCAUAUCAUUAAGGCCCACGCCCAAGCCUGGCAUUCCUACAACAGCACGUGGCGCGGCAAGCAGCGAGGUCUGGUGGGGAUCUCAUUAAACUGCGAUUGGGGGGAGCCCAUGGACAUCAAUAGCCCCAAGGACAUAGAAGCCGCCGAGAGAUACCUACAGUUCUGCCUGGGCUGGUUUGCCAACCCCAUCUAUGCCGGCGACUACCCCCAAGUCAUGAAGGACCGGAUCGGGAAAAAGAGUGCAGAGCAAGGCCUGGACAUGUCAAGGUUACCGGUGUUCUCGCUCCAGGAGAAGAGCUACAUCAAAGGCACAUCUGAUUUCUUGGGAUUAGGUCACUUUACCACUCGGUACAUCACAGAAAGGAACUACCCCUCCCGCCAGGGGCCCAGCUACCACAAUGACCGUGACUUAGUAGAGCUGGUUGACCCGAACUGGCCUGACCUGGGGUCGACGUGGCCACAGUCUGUGCCAUGGGGGUUUAGGAGGCUUCUCCACUUCGCUCAGACUCAAUACGGCAACCCUCCCAUCUAUGUGACAGAAAAUGGAGCAUCUCAAAAACUACACUGUACUCAAUUAUGUGAUGAGUGGAGAAUUCAGUACCUUAAAGGCUACAUAAACGAAAUGCUAAAAGGUGGAAAGUUGGUAUCUCAAAGCCUUGGAAACUUGUGCAGUCAACAAUCAGAUGCUUGCUGCAGAGCCGUUACUAAGUCACAUGCAGAUGGUGACGGAGAUCGUGGUACCUACAGUCUGCACGCUUUGCAUCCUCAUCUCCGCGCUUCUCCUGAUGCUCCUCCUUCAGAGCCAGAGCUGAGACAGGGUCACCCAUUUUAUAGAUCCAUCUUUCGUAAAGCAUGCUCUGGACACUCCUCCUUUUUCUGCCUUGAAGGUUUAUAUACAUUUCUGGUUUCAGGCUCUGUGAUAAUGGGGUUGUUUUGCUGUUGUUUUGUUUGUUUUGGCUUGUGCUAGGAUUUAAAAAUUAGAAAAUAAAAACAAACAUGAAUGAAGUAAAAAUCACCUGUCAGAGUCAGUAUUUUGCUGUCUAUUAUGCAUCUACUUCCACUUUACAAAAAAGGAAUCAUAGUGCACAAAUUAUUUUGUUACUUGAUUUUUUUCCUUUUAAAAAUCUGUCCAGUAAUAUUACUUUCAUGUGGAAAUAACUGCCAUCUUAGCACUGUCCUACACAGGAUGGACAGUCAAUCAUCUGCACAUAACAAUCCCUUCAGGUUCUAAAUUCUAUCAAGCAACCAGGGAAACGCAUUAGGUGGGUACCAAGUAAAUGAGCACGUACACUUUUCGGAGAUAAACUUUCUUCCACUAAACGUAAUUAACUUCAUUGAAGUACCUUAAGGAAAUAGGUCUAAUAUCUUCUCUGUGCCUAGAUAUUCUGUUUUGUUUUGUUUUUUUAAUAAAGGUCCAUUUUACUCUUAACUAAGCUAAAUUGAUAGAAUUAAACAAUAUUUAUUUGGAGAC